CUAACAGUACCAAUAAAUUCGGGAUUCUCUGAAUAACCUCACGCGCAUUUUCUCUCUCUGUCCAUAUUUAUACUCUGCAUUGCGGCUAGGGUUUUACUUCACACGAUACCUACAAUCUCACACUCUCCUCGCACCCACUGUACUACUUUUAUCUUUUCUACCAUUUUUAGAUCUGUUGAUUAUUUACUGGAGCCAUGGACACAAUGCUUGAAUAGGGCUUCCACGCGCGCGUAUUCGAUAGCGAGGGGUUUGUUGCUGGUGCAGAUUUGGGGGAGAGAUGGCAACAGCUAAUCCGUUUGAUUUGCUGGGUGAUGAUGAUGCGGAGGAUCCGUCGCUGCUGAUUUCUGCUCAGCAGCUGAAAGCCGAGCCGAAGAAAGCAGCGGCUCCGCCGUCCAAGGCGGCGUCUGGUGGAGCUAAGGCUGCUCAGGCUAAGCUCCCGACCAAGCCACCUCCCCCAGCUCAGGCUGUGGCCAUUUCAAGGAGGCAAAACCUGAAUCUGCACGAGGUGGUCGUGGCGGAGGACGAGGUUAUGGCCGGGGCCGUGGUGGUGGUAGUGGGUCCUACAGGGAUUCAAACUACAAGGAAAAUUCAUAUGGAAACAGGGAAUUUUCUGCUCAAGGUACACCAGAGGCUGAUGGUGGAAAAACUUAUGAAAGACGUGGUGGCUAUGGUGGACCCCGUGAGCCUUUUCGUGGUGGUCGUCGAGGUGGCUUCAGCAAUGGAGAAGGCAGAGAGGGUGACCGUGACCGUCGCAGGCAAUACGACCGACAUAGUGGCACUGGCCAAGGACUUAUUCUCUGAUCCUUUUGGAAAUGAGUUAAAACGGGAAGGAGCUGGCCGAGGGAACUGGGGAACAGAGACUGAUGAAUUGGCUCAAGUGGCUGAGGUUGAUGUUGAAGCUGAGAAAAGUGUGAUUCCUGAGAAGCCAUCUGGAGAGGAGAAUGCUGCUGUUGAUGGAGAUCAGGAAGCUGCUAAAAAUGAAGUUGUAGAAGAGAAACCUGAGGAUAAGGAGAUGACACUGGAUGAGUAUGAAAAGGUUCUGGAGGAGAAAAGGAAGGCUCUACAGGCUCUUAAAACUGAGUCGAGGAAAGUUGACAUGAAAGAGUUUGAGGCAAUGCAACCACUUUCGAACAAGAAGACAAAUGAUGACAUAUUUGUCAAAUUGGGCUCUGACAACAAGGAUAAAAAGAAAGAGUUGGCUGAGAAGGAAGAGAGAGCUAGAAAGUCUGUGAGCAUAAAUGAGUUCUUGAAGCCAGCGGAGGGUGAAAGGUACAACAAUUCCGGUGGUCGUGGCCGAGGCCGUGGGCGUGGGUUUAGAGGUGGUUAUGGUGGCGGCAAUACGAGCAAUGCCGGAGGGCUUUCCAUUGAAGAUCCUGGCCAGUUCCCGAGCCUUGGCGGCAAAUGAGACCAAACCAUUUCAUGAAGGUUAAGUAUUUUAUGGUGCUUGAAAUGGGGUGUCCCCAUAAUCCAUCCAUUGGCUUGUAGUAGUGUUUUUACUUUUCUCUAAUGCGACUUGCUGUGUUCUUUUGUUUUUGGUUUUUGGUUUUUUGUCUGCGGAGUUGUUAGUUUAGGGGCAUGUGGAUUAUAUUUUAUUUGCUGACACCAUAAGAUAUUUUGUUUGCUCAGUUUUGUUUGUUUCUGAAUAUGAAAGACGAGCUUAUGUUGUGUUGAAAUUUCUUUUCGUUUUGAUUAUUUUUUUCCAGUAAUGAUAAGAGGAUCUCUUGAGAGUACUUUCAAUACCAUUUUCUAUCUUUUUACUCGGUGGUAUAAGAAAAGGAUUGAAGUGGAUAUUAGUAUGAAACUAUAUAAGCGUGUAGCAAAUAUGACUCACUGAUCUGGAGUUAUGCGUGGCUUGUACAUUUUAC